AUGCUCUCCCUAAUAAAGUCUGUCUUUUCCAACGCGCAAGACGGGAAGGAGCUGAACGUGUUAAUAAUCGGAGAGUGUGCAUCAGGGAAAACGAGUCUCUUCAAUCUGAUUAGCAGUUUUCACAACAAAAGCAAAUAUGACAUGUUAAACACGCUAGUACCCACGGAAAAUAAAAACGGCACUUGUGCCCUCGGGUUUAACACGAAGAAUAUUACCUUCAAUAAAAAGCCUUUAAAAAUAUAUGACUUGGAAGGCACGGCGACAAACACAACAAAUAUUUACGAUUGUUAUUAUGAUGACGCGGAUGUUAUAUUUUAUGUGAUUGAUGCUAAGGAUGAGAAGCACAUUUUUAAUGCGAUUCUUUAUUUGUCUUGUUUAAGUUCGAAUGGGAGGAUAUCUGGUGGGGGAUUUCAUGAUGAGAGCACCACCUGUAAAAAUGGACGGCAAUUUCUAAAACCUAUUUUCAUUCUAGGAAAUAAAUCGGAAGACACGUCAGCCUUUUUUUCUGCUCCCUGUAUAUCCAAUUAUAUAAAUUCAAUAGAUGUGUACAAGAAUGAAAAAUUCUGGCAGUUCCUUCUGUCGAGUGAUAAUACCUUUUUGAAGCACUACUUGGGCGAACUGCACGAGAAGGUUCGCAACUGCACCUUCGCUGAUGGUGUUGGAGGGAAGCAGAGCGACCAGAAGAAGGCGAAAGGGGAGGUAAAUGAGGAUGGUCAAAAUGGAGAAAUCAGAGAAAACGCGCCAUAUGAGAGAGAGGAGGAAAAUUUACAAAAAUCGCACUUUCCCGAGGAUGCACAAAAAAAAAUUUACAGUGACGUCGUGAAGGAUAUAAAGAUGGGGCGAAAGGGGGCCAUCACUGUAGACGACAUUGAGAAUGAUGAACUGCUGGAAACGCUACUCAAAAAGAUCGUUAACGAUAAUGUUAAUAAUUGUAAGCAUAUUCCCAUACAAGUUUAUAACAUUAGCGUACUAAGAAAUAGAGGAGUGUAUGAAGUGAUUGAAAAAAUUUUUGACGAAUGUUUUUUGAAUGGUAUGUAUACAAAUGGGGGUAAGGCAUGUAGGAACACCACCUCUGGUGAGAUUGAAAAAAGAAGGAAAUACACAAACGAGCAUAAGUCUCUUAAUGGAAAGGGUGAAUCUGAUUAUCCUAUUCAAGAUGGGAAUAGGAGGACACGAACACAUUUGCUACACGUGUUUGGAGAAGGGGGUGGCCGCACGGGGAAGCCAAGUUUUCAUUCAAGAAAUUGCAAAAUGCACAAGUUAGAAAUGACGGAACAGUUGCAUAGCGUGCCAAACAGCGCUUAUGUGAUGUACGAGCGGAAUAGCAGUUCGGUAAAUUUAUUUAUCGAGCAUAUACAGCACCUACAUUUUGGGAAGAGAACUUUUGAUAAUUUGCCAAAGGAGCUUCUCUUCCUCCAUCAGGGGAAUACAAAUUAUAAAAAAAAAUAUAAAAUUAAGAAGAAGGGCCAACUUGGAGAAAACGUAAUUGCGGAGGGACUGCAAAAAGAGGAGGAGUCUGAGCAGGUGGAAAAAACUUACGACGCUGAACAAGCGUAUGAUGCUGAAGACAAGUAUCAGGGGAAGAAACUCCAGUCCACAGGAAGAACCCUCUCGAUUGAUAACCCCCCGUCAGUGGGCAAAGAAACACCACAAGGUAAAUCAAUAGAGAUGGUAAGGGAACACACGAAAGGUGAAGUUACAGCUAUAGAUGUAAAUGCUAACAUGGAAAUUAAAAGGGAAGAGUUAGGCAGAGUAGGAGAGGGAGUAUUGGAUAAAAGAAAGAAUGAGCAAAUUGAUGUAGUCAGCCAAGUGGGUAACGCCUCAGAAGCGAAGGCAACACACAGAGAAGACCUAGCGGUAGAGGCGAUCAAAGGAGUAAUAAAUCCAAAUGGUGGUGAAACCAUGGAAGAAGAAGCAAAAAGUGAAGGGAAAGAAUCAUGGGAUCUCUUCCAAGCUGAGAAGGAAGAAAGUAUUCAGGAUUACGCAAACAUUGCCCAGGAUUCGGAAUAUUCUUCCAAGGAGGAGACGCCAAAACAUGAGAGCCCCCUUUGUGAAGAGAAUAAUGUAAAUGGCCACAUGGGAGAAGGUAAGAAUGUCAUACGCAAGGGAAAAAUUAAAAAGAAAAGAUACUUCAUUGUGGAAAAAAAGAAGAAAAAGAAAUUUCUCCACAGCGGUAAAAAAAUUAAUGAUUUUGAAGAAAAUUCAAGCAAUUCUCUGGAAGGCGUUGACCUGAUGAAUGUUAUGCGGAUAGAUUCGCUUAACAGAAUUUAG